AUGGUCUCCGUCAAAACCGUCGCCGUCCUCGGCGGAACCGGCAACCUAGGCCCCUCCAUAGUCCACGAACUCCUCUCAGCAGGCUUCACAGUCACAGGCCUAACCCGUUUCUCCUCUACCAACUCCACCCCCGCCUACCCCGACAGUGUGACUGUCCACAAAGUCGAUUUUGGAUCUUUUGACUCCCUUAAGGAUGCCUUUUCAGGCCAGGACGCUGUUGUCUCUGUAGUCGGCAGCCCGGGGGUUUCAGCCCAGAGACUAGCUGUUGACGCUGCUAUUGCUGCGGGAGUGAAGAGGUUUAUCCCGAGCGAGUUUGGGGUUAACACGCGGAAGGUGAGGGACAGGCCGAUGGGAGCGAUACUGAGGGGGAAGGUGGAGGUGGUGGAUUAUUUGAUUGAGAGAGAGAGAGAGAUUGAGUGGACGGGGGUGAGUACGGGGUUGUUUUUUGACUGGGGUUUGGAGAAGCACGGCUUGAGCACCAUCAACCUUGACGAUAAAACAUCAUCGAUUGUCGACUCUGGAAACGAAAAGUUUCAAGUGAGCACGCUUGCGCAGGUGGGCAGGGCGGUUGUCGGGGUUUUGAAGCAUCUGGAGGAGACGAGGAAUAGGUAUCUCGUCACGUCGUCGUUCCAGGUGUCGCAGAACGAGAUUAUACAGGCUGUGGAGGAGCUGACGGGUGAGAAGUACCCUGUUGUGAAGAGGGAGAGGGCGGAGGACUUGCAAAGGGCUGGGGAGGAGAAGCUUGCUGUGGGGGAUUAUAGGGCUUUUAUUGAUUUUCUGAGGGCGUAUAAUAAUGCGGAUGGGGCAGGGAAUGCGGUGGGGGAGGAGGAGAGUUCGAAUGGGUUGGUUGGGUUGGAGGAGGAGGAUCUGAGAGAGUGUGUGAGGGGGUGGUUGGUGAGGGCGGGGGUUAUUUCCUGA